GGGGGGGGGGGGGCGAGCUCGCUUCUGACAGCCGUGAAACACUCGGGGUGUGACAGCCGUGCAGGGUGCACGCUCCCUGUCUCUCUCUCUCCCUGUGUCUCUCUGCCUCUAUCCCUGUCUCUCUCUCCCUGUCUCUCUCCCUGUCUCUCUCUCCCUGUGUCUCUCUCUCUCCCUGUCUUUCUCGUGCCCGACAGGGCUCCGUUGGCAUCCCUCUGCCUCGCCCGCCCCCCCCAGCAAGGUGAACAAAUUCACGACUCGUGCCAUCACCGCGCCGCCAGUAGGGCCCGGAAAACGGCACUUCUCUCGAUCUUGGCGAAGGAACGCCCUUCGUGCCACGACGUCAGAGGCGCGAGAGCCAUGAGGAAGCUGCUGUUUUUGAGGAGGCGUGGGGCUGUCGCCUCCGGCGACAACAACGGCAACCACCACCACCACCAGCAGCAACACACGGACGCGGCGCUGUCCACCGCCAAACCUCCGCGGGUGUCCGUCAAGGAAGCCAGAGCGUGGAGCGAGUCCCUGGACCGACUGCUCAGCCAUAAAUAUGGGCGGGUGGCAUUCCUCGCUUUCCUGCGUACGGAGUUCAGCGAGGAGAACCUGGAGUUCUGGCUGGCGUGCGAGGAGUUCAAGCGCAUGAAGGCCGAGUCCAAGCGCCUGGCGCAGGCACGCAAGAUCUACUCGCAGUUCAUUGCCAACCACGCUCCCAAGGAGGUCAACCUCGACUGCCUGACGAGGGACGCCACGGAAGCCGGGCUCCCGGGGGCGGCUCCGGGGGCGUUCGAGCCGGCGCAGAAGCGGAUCUACGGCCUCAUGGAGCGCGACUCGUACCCCCGCUUCCUGCUCUCGCCGCUCUACGCCCGGCUGUCGGGCCGGGCCGGCCGCCGCGACGACGACGAUGCCGCCUGAGCGUGGGCGUUGCAGGACCUGGGGAGCAUCGUCAUUGUUCCGAACUGUCGUUCUGGGCGGGAACGGCACCCAGCCGCGAUGCAUCACGGCUGGGGCCGUCGCGUUCAAGCCGAGGGAGGGAGCCGCGAUUGAACUUUUCAGAGGUUUAUUUUUUUACACGACUCUUUUUCGUUUUUCCCCGCUCCUCGGUCUUGGGCGAGCGAACUCGCCUCCCGGAACGUGCUCGCGGCACGGUGGUGACGCUGACGAAACGCCACAACGUCAAAGAUCCCCCGUGUAGCCUGCAACAGACUGUCGGCGCAAGUAGUGAGCAGCAGCAGCAGCGCCUGUGAU